AUUUUUUUCCAAUCAGAAAACGGUCCAAAGUGCUAGUCAAUUUUUUGUGACGUCAUUACAGUUGACAUGAUUAAAAUUUCGUACAAAAUUUACUAGUACAAGAUGAACCUGUCAGAAAAUCACCCUCCUGUUUCUGCUAAAGGCAUGACAUUGAAAGGGGAACCAGUACAGAUUGUUAGUGUUGAGGAAGACCACACAUUCUCUCUAGAUGAGGAGAAUUUGGACUCUAUAUUGUUGAGCCCAGAAUUACAUGACAAAAAGGCUGUAGUUGUAUCUGUUGCUGGUGCUUUUAGGAAAGGGAAGUCAUUUCUUCUAGAUUUCUUCCUCAGAUAUCUCAAUGCAGAUUGUUCGCCAGAUUGGUUAGGAGAUGAUGAUUCCCCUUUAGAGGGUUUCUCUUGGCGUGGUGGUUCAGAGAGGGAAACUACGGGGAUAUUACUAUGGAGUGAGCCAUUCUGUUGUACGCUGCCAAAUGGAGAGGAGGUGGCAGUAUUGUUAAUGGAUACACAAGGUGCUUUUGACAGUGAGUCUACAGUGAGAGAUUGUGCUACAGUGUUUGCUCUCAGCACUAUGAUUAGUUCAGUUCAGGUAUAUAACUUGUCUCAAAAUAUACAAGAAGAUGAUCUUCAGCAUUUACAGUUAUUCACAGAGUAUGGCCGUCUUGCUUUAGAAGCAAAUGACAAUGAAUCAAAACCUUUCCAGGUCCUGGAAUUUCUGGUACGAGAUUGGAGCUACCCAUAUGAUGCUGCAUAUGGUGAAGAAGGUGGCAAACAAAUGUUAGAGCGAAGAUUAAAGAUUUCAGACAAGCAGCAUCCAGAAUUACAACAGAUUAGAAAACACAUUCGUUCUUGCUUCAGUAAGAUUGGUUGUUUCCUAAUGCCACACCCAGGCCUCAGGGUGGCUACUAACCCACAUUUUGAUGGCCGGCUCAGAGAUAUAGAAGUAGAUUUUAAAGAGCAGUUACAGACACUUGUUCCACAGUUACUGGCCAAGGAGAACCUCAUCAUGAAAGAAAUUAAUGGUAGUAGAAUAACAUGCAGGGAUCUUGUAGAAUAUUUCAAGGCGUACAUUAAGAUUUACCAAGGAGAGGAACUACCAGAACCAAAGUCUAUGCUUCAGGCAACUGCGGAGGCGAACAAUUUAGCAGCAGUAUCAGCAGCAAGAAGUCAGUAUAUUAAGGAUAUGGAGGAGGUUUGUGGUGGUGACAAAGCAUAUAUCCAUCCAACAGAGCUCGACAAAGAACAUCAACGAUGUUUAAGAAAUGCCUUGGACACUUUCAAAAAUGCAAAAAAGAUGGGUGGUCCAGAGUUUAGUCAAACUUAUGGAGAACAGUUAACAACAGAACUCUAUGACCAGUUUGAAAACUUUCAAAAGCAUAACGAAAGCAAAAAUAUAUUCAGUGCGGCUCGGACUCCUGCCGUUUUGUUUACCGUCAUGAUCGUAUGUUACAUGAUAAGUGGAAUUUUCAGUGUUAUUGGACUCGAGUCAAUCGCAAAUAUUUUCAAUUUUUCAAUGAUCAUAUUCCUGAUGAUGUUGAGCUCAUGGUUCUAUAUACAGUAUUCAGGGGAAUAUAGAACUUUAGCCAUUCAAAUAGAUCAGAUUGCCACGGUGGUCUGGGAUCAUGCUCUUGCCCCUAUAUAUGCACAACUUAUGCAGCAAGGUGCUAACCUGGCAGUGAGACAGGCUACUCAGGCACGUCCAAAGAGAGACUGAGCAGUUACCCUGACAUUAUAAAUAUAUAGAUUGUACAGCAAAGACAGAAGAUUUCACAUUCAUACAUUUGUUACAACAAAAAAAUUGAGAAUAAAAUCAUUCAUUCACUUUGAACAUUGAAAGUUUAUUGAAGAGAAAUUGAAUACAUUUCCUACAUCAGUUUUGUAAGUGAUUUUAGAGACAGAAAGGCUAAUCUGAGGCAUGUUAUUUAUCAAUCUUGUUUAUUCUAUGAACAUGUAUUAAUUUUGUCCUUGAGGGAUUAUCUCCCUUGUUAAGAAAAAUAUAAGAAGAUUUACAUAGCAAGUAGCAGAUCAUCUUAUACAAUGAAAGUUAAAUGAAAUGGAUGCAUAACGUAAAAGUUGACUAAAACAAUCAAUCUGAGUGUAUGCAAUGGAAAAUUGUGCUUGUAUGCAAAUAGUGAUUUAAGGAGUCACAUUAUUAGUGCAUGACAUUAAGUUAUAUAUAAAGUUACAGUUUUAUAUAAAUUUACAUUUGUGUUGACUGUAUCUAGGUAAAUUUAUGAACAUGUAUGCCUGUUAACUUUUGCAUAAAUGAUGUUGACAGUGGACAUUGCAUUUCCAUGCUCAGUUGUUUAUUUUUUCAUAGAAAUGUUAUAUCCACAGGCAAUAAUCCUUUUGCAAAGGUUAACUCCUUGAAUAUCACAACUAUAAACAUCAUUUAAUUGAAAUAGAAACUUGAAUCCUAAUCUAAUUGGAACCUGAUUAACAAAGAAAAUUUUAUUGUUAUUGAUGUUUUUUCUCCAAAAUUGACAUUUUUUUUAUUAUUUGAAAAUUGAAUUUUAAUGGAGUUGAGUUUAUAAUUCAUUCAAUAGAUUAUAAAUAAUUGCUUAACAGUGCAUUAAAUUGUAACAAGAGAAGAUGUUUACUAAUUAUAACAAUAUUUACACAUGCAUUUAAAUUGUUAUGUUUGCUUUAAUAAUACUCGUAGAUCAGUUUACAAUACCUGUAUCCCACUAGUGUUUAAUUUGGUGCAUUAAUGUGUGCUUUAUUUAUUCAGUUAAAAGUGCUUCAAAUUAAUUUUAUGAUAUAUCAGAUGUUUUAAAACAAACAAAUUUUUGCUUUAUUUAAAUCUAUAAUGGAUAACCUAUAGUAUAUUUGCCAUUUGUUUAAAUUCUUACUAUAUAAAAUAUUAGUUAAAUUAAUAUCUGUAAAUAAUUUAGGAUUUUCUUUGGGUCAUAUUUCCGAAACAGAUAGUUAAGAGAUUAACAUUAAUUAUUAAAAUACAUCCAGUAAAGAAAAUAGGAAUAAAUAGAGGAUAUUUGUUUGUUUUGCAUGUAAGAUUGAAAUAUAAUUUCAAUGAGUGAACAUCAGAUGCAAUAUUUUCAAGAGUGGCGUAGCCACGAGUGAAAAUAUAGUAGCUGGUGUUCACGAAUGAAAUAUAUUUCAAUCUUAUAUGUAAAACAAAUAAAUUUCCUUUUUAUUUCAUGCUUUUUAAGUGAUUUUAAGUAUGUUUUACUGAUUUUGCCGCGUAACGUCGCGUAUUCUCCUUUGUGACGUCAUCACAUCAUCAAUUUUGAUAUAUAGUUCUGUUAAAUUUCUCUAAUUUUGUUACAUUUUUAACAUGAUAUAUGGUGACAUCGACUUUCUUUUCCUAAAGAAGCAAAAUUUACGCAUGACAACAUUUAUUUCUGCCUGUUAUUCCAUUUAGUUAUGAUUCUCUUUUCAUCCGCAUUCAGAUAUAGUCCGGCUACAGUGAAAAUUAUAUUUUAUAAAUUUCACUAGUGGUUUAUCAGAAUAUAAUCAUCUGAUAUAUUACAAUAAAACACUGGAUAGCAUGAAAUAAAAGACACUCUCUAGUUUAUGGGUUUUUUUUGACAUAUGAAUUCUUGAUAAAAAUCAUAUGUAUUUGAUUAUUUGCUUAUACAUGUAUGAUCAGUUUAUGAACAUAGCUUUAAUAUAGAGCAGACUUCCAUGACCUUGACAGAGACCUCAUUUUAGGUGGUAAAAUUCAGUGUUAUAUAGGUAAUUGAUGUACAUAAAUAAUAGAAAUAUCAGUUAAAAUUUUGUACAGCCCAGAUUUAACAUGCUAUUUGUAAUCUGUAAAGUGCAUGUACAUAUAUCAUCUUAUUAGCAGAUGUUUGACCUAUUUUUCAAAUAGGACAAUUAUGAAAAAUAUCAUAAAAUAAGAAUUUUAAAGUAGAGAAAAAUAACAAAGGUUUUUGCAUAUUUAGAAUUAGUGUUUAAUUUGUUCUACACCAAUCCACAGCUUGUGAAAUUUUAGCUCUUUUGAAAACUUGCUCCUUAUUGCUGUUGAAGGUUAUAGUUUUAUUUUGGUGCCUGAAAUAAUGGAGGGAGGACACCUUAGGGAAGCUGAAGAUCCAGUAAAACUGAUAAUGUAAAGCCAGAAAAGCUGAAAAUGGUCAUAUGUGUUGAAGUGUUGGUGUAAAUUGAUAAAUGUUGAAAGUUCUUGUCAACUUGGAGUUGAAAUUAAGAUAUGAUACAAGAGAAGAAGAGGUCGUCAGGGGUUUUAUGAGCUGUGGCUCAGCUGAGUGAAAUACAGUGUGUGUAGUUGAAAUUCCUUUACCCAUUACCAUGCUGAUUUUUAUGAAAUGGGGAUAUGCCUGCCUUUAAAUUUGGGACAGUCCAUUCGAAGUUAAAAGGUUUUAAAUAUCACAGCUUAACUUUGAGAAGUUGAAGCCUGAUUAGAUAUCACUUUGUGUGCAGGCUUGUCUGGCUGUAUAUUGGUGACAAAGGCUUUUCGGUUUAGCAUUGUAAGGGUAUAUUACAGUAAGUUACUAUACUGGAAGUCAACAGUAUGUGUUCAACCAUAACACUUUCAACCUUAUGUUUAAAGAUUACAAGAUGAUCACUGUAGAUUUAAUAUUGCACUUAAUAGAUUGUUUUAUGAAUUUAAAGAAUAAAAUGUAAAGGUUAUUUUCAAAUGAUCAAUAUAGUUGUAUUAGUUCUAUAGGAGAAUGUUAUCUGAACGUCUAGUCAGUAUUAUAAGAUUUUUAUAGCAAAAUAAAAGCUGAAAUAUAUAACAUAGAAAAUUUUUAUUUUGUGUUUUGAAGGUCCAGACUUCUCUAUUGUUUUUGUUUUUUGAAGGUCAGACUUAUAUAUUCUUUUAAAUGAGAUUGAUUAGAUUAUCUCACUUUACUACUGAUUAGCAAUACAAACAUAUACUUUUUAUGUGUUUUACAUACAGCUUCAAAGCCUAGCUAAAAUAACAAGGCUGUAACUGCAUUAUUUGAUUAUUUAUAUAAUAGCAUAUUGUAACUCCUACAUUUUCAAAGAAAUUUGCAUUGCUAAAAUAAAAAGAUUAACUUUUUUUAUCAAACAUUUUGUCUAAAGAAAUCAACAUGAAUCAAAAUAUAUGUCCUUAUGAUUUAUGAUUUUGUUUAUGAAACCAUUCAUAUUUGUUAUUUUCUUCCAUGAGAAUUGUAUAAAAGAUCUUAACUGAUCUUUUUCCUGCCAUUGCUCUACAAAGAUUGCCAUAUGACAUUUUAUACAUGUUUCUCAUUUUAUUAAAUGAAUUUAAAAAACCUAAACAUUUUUAGUUUGACAAUAACCAUAGAUUAUUUUACUACUAACCUCAAAAUUAUUAGGUAGUAAAGACAAUAUUUCACUUCCUGUCUUCCAUAUGUUCAAGAACCUUGAAGUUCUUUUGCUGUACUGCAGUAAAUAGUGAAUAUUCCUUGAAGCUUCAGACUGGUCUUGUUUUCAUAAAUACCCACAGUUUUCAUAAAUACCCAUAGUUAUCGUAAACACCCAUAAGAAUUAGAGGCAAGAAAGUGUUCUUUUCAUUUUUAUGGGUCUGUGGGUUUUCAAAAUAAAUGAGAAUGCUUUUACCAUCCAUGAAAAGUCAGUUAGGUGUCCCAUUUAUACUGUUUUGGUUGUUUUUCUUACCAAAAAGUAGGUAUGUUACAUUCCCCAAUUAGGACCAUCCUGUAACUGAUUAUAUUGCUCACAAAGUACAGUCUUUAUACAAAAAAAAUAAUCACUAUCAAAAUAACCAUCCCAUUUACCUUCAAUGUUCUAUUUAGUGCCACUUUAUUGUAAGAGUUCACCAUGUGCAUAUUUGUACUUGAUAAUUUGUAAAACAAAAAAAUAUUGUAAUCACUUGGAUUUUUAUGUAAUAUAAAUUGUCGGUCGUCUUAUUUUUCCUUAUUUGUAUUAACAGUUUAGUCACUUUUUGUCAUGAGAGAAUUCAUCUACAUGUAGCAUGUAGUACUUGAAAAAUUAACUUUUCGUUCCAUCUUCCAAUCUCAUUAAAUCAGAUCAUAGUUUUUGCUUAUUUACUCUUCCCUACCUAGCGAAGGGAAGUGUAGUGACAGUUGGGAUAUGAUUUUAAUGAGAUUGGCCCAUCUUUCAACUUUAUGCCUCUUGAUUGUUCAUCAUAAUUGAAAUUUGUACAAUUUGUAAAUUUUUGUAAGAAAUAAUUUUUGUGUAUUUACAUAGGUAAGAUUAUGUUUGAAGAUAUCUAUUUUUGUACUUACAAGUAUCCCUUCAUUUCCAUUCAGUAGACAAUACCAUGGUUUUAUACAUACAUAGUAGCAGUGAAAUUUCCUUUACCCAAUGUUGUGAAUUUCAUAUUUGUUAUUAUAAAUUGUUAUAAUAUGUGCUUUUUUCAGUAUCAAUAUUUUCAAGAAAUGGCUGCACAAUAUUUUAUUGUUUAGAAUGAGGGUGGAUUUGACCAGA